GGGGGAAAGGGGGCGGUAACGAAGGCGUGUCCACAAUUUGCCGGCAUCGUCCGUUCUUUUGUUGGAGGAAGUCCCUGGGCCUUUUGCGAGCAGCAGUUUUAUUCGUGUCCCCUCUCUGACACAAAGGGUACAAGGCUCCGUCCGCGCCCGUGUGUGGGUAUCUCUCUUAAGCCGCUACAGUCUUGCUGCAACAACCACUCCAGCGGUCGCCGUGCAAUUUACUCGGCCCGCCGGUGCCUUGCUUAAAUCUUCGGCUGCUAUAUCGCUUUGGUGUGUUGGCUCAUCUCUUCGGGGCCUAUAUAAGAGACGGAACAGUGCCCCCCCCCCUCUCCCUUCAGCUCGCUAUUGAAUGCUUGCCGGGGUUUCUUGCUCGACUCCUCUCACCCCGUGUCCUCUUCGCCUCUGCUGCUGCUCCUGCUUCUACUGAACUCUGCGACAAUGGACGCUGUGCUACCUGCGGGUAGCGAGGCCCCCCCUGCCUUUGGCUGGCUAAACGCAGCGGACCCGCAGGUGUUGCAGAUGCAGUACCAGCGACUGCUGGCGGCCGGCAUGAGCCAUCACGCCGCUGGCUCCCUCGUGUGGAGCGGCCAGCACUCGCCGGAGUCUCCGCACGGAGAAGACCAACCAGCGCACCAACCGGCUUACACGCAACUACAGAACGCGCAGCCGGCGCAUUGCCCGGACUUUGCCGGGCGGCCACAAGCCGAAGGCACCCUUCCCGAGCCGGCCAACCCCGUUCCUGUUGGCAGAGGACGCAAGAGGGCGGCUCCAAAGGAACCAAAAGCACCAAAGCCUCCGAAGGCGCCCAAGGAACCUAAACCCCCAAAGCCACCCAAGGAGCCCAAAGCACCAAAGCCCCCCAAGGAGCCCAAGCCCCCCAAGGAGCCCAAGCCCCCCAAGGAGCCCAAGCCCCCCAAGGAGCCGAAGCCGCCCAAGGAGAAGGGACGCCCAGGGAGGAAACCUGGCAGCGGCAAGCAGGAGAAGAUCACGGACUCGUUUCAGAAGGUGAAGCGGAAGGUGGAUCGAUUCAACGGUGUCACGGAGGCGGAGCUACUGCUGAAGACUCUGCCAGACAUCCUCACCUUCAACCUCGACAUUGUCAUUAUUGGCAUCAACCCUGGCCUGAUGGCAGCCUAUAAGGGGCAUCACUACCCUGGACCAGGAAACCAUUUCUGGAAGUGCCUAUUCCUGUCUGGACUCACAGACCAGCUUCUCAACCAUCUCGAUGACAAGUCUCUGCCAGAAAAAUAUGGCAUUGGAUUCACCAACAUGGUGGAGCGGACCACGCCAGGCAGCAAAGAUCUCAAAAGUAAGGAGAUCAGGGAAGGAGGGAAGAUUCUUUUGCAGAAGUUGCAGAAGUUCAAGCCGACUAUCGCAGUCUUCAACGGCAAAUGCAUUUUUGAAAUUUUCUUCAAGGAAGUUUUUGGAGAGAAGAUAAAAAAUUUCCAGUUUGGUGAGCAACCAAACAAGAUCCCUGAAACGGACAUUAUCGUGUACGUGAUGCCCUCGUCCAGCGCUCGCUGUGCCCAGUUCCCGCGCGCCCAGGACAAGGUUCACUUCUACAUCAAGAUGAAGGAGCUGAGGAACAGCACGAAGGGCGUCACACCCAAUGAAGAGAUCCAGGAGACGGAGUAUACCUUCGACCUGCACAAGGCUAAAGAGGAUGCCAAGUUGAUGGCCAUCAAGGAGGAGAAGCACGACCCAGGAUACGACGCGGCUUACGGGGGAGCACCUAACGAGUCGGAACAGAGCACGUCCUGCAACUACGCUCAGCUUCAGCCAGCGGACAUCUCCAUGGACUCUCCUCAACAAAUGCAGGACGAUUGCCCGGGUGGCGGCUGGAUAAUCCCGCAGUUCGAGGGGCAGGGCAUGGACGUGCCCGGGCUCCCGCCUGCCCCGCAAGCCACCCCCCAGAACCCAGUUUGACUCCCGCUAAUCCAGGUUACUACUGCGGCUGCCUGCGUAGUGACCAAACUCGCCGCAGAGGGGUGGGGAAGGGUUGGAGGAGGGUGGUGGGGUGAUUGGAGGGGGGGGGGGCCCGUGUUCUAAAUGUUUUGUCGAUUGAAAGAGGCUGCGACGUUCACCUGCAGCAUAAACAUUUCCAUGCUCUCCCUACUGCUCGGGCCUUGGCUUCAUCGACGAGCGCAUGGAGGAGGGGGAAGUGCUGCAUCUUCCUUCCUGGAGAGGGGGGCUGUUACGGGUGCUAUUGUUUUUACCCCCCUUCAAACCCUCCGCAGGUUCACGUGAAAUGUUACCGAGCAACUUUUAUUAUUAUUUUUAUUGAUCGCGACUGAGUAGAUGUUUUAGCAUGUGAGGAAAUUACCAUUGUUUACAGGCGUCAAACAAACAAAAAACUAUCUUAAACUACCGGUUGGGUUUUCGCGGUUGUGUGCUGUAUAGCUUUCCAAUGUUUUUCCAUUUCCUGAAUAAUCUCCCAGUACGCGCGAGUGAAACAUCGGAUGUCGUGCCUAACAAACACGCAUUACAACAUGAAAACACACUGGAGAGCUUAACUUAUUUUGAAAUUGCACAUAGGUCUGAGGAAUGCGCUUGCGUUAAUUCCGGAAACGUCCGAUGUACCUUGUGUUUUGCAUGUACAUUAUUUCUGAAAGUAUAAAUUGAUGUCUUUUCCGCCGUACAGUGAUGUCAAGCCUGAAGUGGGGCGGGUGACCCAUUUAUAGAUACCCCAGUGAUUUCGAAUGACCUCUACUUGCACGUUGUUGAAUGUUGUAAGAAUUUUACAUUGGAUUUAUUGGAUGGUGUGUCAGGAGACAUUGCUGGGAGAUGAACAUACAAAUCUGGUUAAAAUUUUCUCCCGAGUUGUCUAUAAAUGGAUCGCCCUGUCUGAAAAAAUAUUGAUCACGCGAUGGGGGUUUUUGGUAGCUGGGUGCACACGGCUGCCUGAAUGAAGUGUCCGAUGGUUUUUCAAUGAUCAUCAGCUCUUCGCACGGAUCAUUGGUACUCGGAUAGUGGCUCCGAAGACCGACCUUUUAAAACACUGCAGCAACGUUUUCUUGAAUUGUUGUAUAAAACGCACAGAAAGGAUGGAGGAAUCCUUGUAUACUAAUUUUUAACCUCGGAAUCACCGAAUUCGGUGGUCUCAUUUUGUUGGUACAAUUUGAACCCAAGCAAGUGUGUUGUAGGAUUUGUGACCAUAUUAGAAGUUGAAAGUAUUCAGUUGACUUUUAAAUUGAGGAUUGAACUAAAAUAAUGUCAUCACUAUGACAGAGUACCUCGAGUUCCCCCAGUUGAGUGUGGCUUGCCCACACGACGGUGUGGCCUUGUACAUGCAGUCUGGCCCCUGUCUCUGUGAGAUCCGCUUGGCCUACCUAACUGCAUGUGGCACAAAUCGGUGCAGCUAAUGAGAACGUUCGGGUGCAAGUGUCGUCUUGUGGGUUGGGCUGUGGUGAACAUUUCUCUCAAGAUUUUGCCACCAGGGGCCUACUGCAGGCAUCUUCACGAGUUGAAGUGCAGAGCUGAGAUGAAAUGAAGUUCAACUCCUGAAGAUGCCCGCAGCAGGUGCGUGGUGAAAGUUUUACGGAGGUUUCACUGGACCACGUAGCUUAACCCAGAAGGACCACGCUCAGAUUAAGUGGCUGUGAAAACCUAUGUGCGAUUGAGAACUCGAGAUUAAGCAGCACUUGUGGUGAUUUGCGGGAUAUGGUGUGAUAGGCUUGUUCAAAAUGCUAUCUCUGGGCAGCUAUGGUUAAGAAUGCGUGCUUGUCACUUGAAUGAUUGAAUGGACACGAUAGUUACCAUGGAGGGCAAUAAUUGGGUAGUUAUCGAACACUAUUUUCUCCAAAUGGAAACCUAAAGGGGUGGGGGGGGGAGUGACCUGUAAGUCGCACGCACGAGAACACGGCGCAAAUUCCACGAAUUCACAGCCAUUCACUGCCACCUUGUGCUUGCACGUGCACGCCUUGCGUAACUCUCACGUCCAGUUGCACUCGUGCGCACACGUGUGCUUCUUCAUGGCCCAUUACUCUUCAACGUCAUGGCCCCCUCCCACAUCCACGCCAAUGCAAUAUUUCAGAUAUUCGUGGCAGUGUCGUGAACAGACUUUUUUUCAACAUAGUUGCCAUCGGCAUCCGAAGUUUAUUUCCCCCGAGUAAAACCACUUGAGCUAUAUAGCGCUCUUUUAGGAUAAACUUGUCACUAUUGCAGCACUUGUGCCAAUGUGGAACCAGGCCAGAAUUCCAUACUGGUUAAAUGAUUCAUUGGUGUCUUGUGUGACAGCCAUUCUUCAAUAUGCUGAACAGAUUAAAAUGUUGAGUGCCAGAUCUGGGAUGUGCCGUGGAUGGGGGGGGCCAACAGAGUCCAUUUGGACUGCUAUGGUCUCUGAUUUUCUCAGGCUCCUGUGUUGGCCUGGAAUUGUGUUGGAGGGCAGCUGACAAUGUCGUGACAUUUCCAUGAAUAUCUAAAAUUGUGUAUAUUGCCUCAUGAAAUAUAAAGUUAGAAAAAUAUAUAGCAGGCAUCAUUACUUUUGGGGAGUUCUUCGUAGUCUAGUGUAGUGGGGUGCCUGUAAUGACUGAAUUUCACCAUUCAACUGUACUGUAUAUGGUGCUACUUAAGAGUGGAUUUGUUGAUUUAAGUUGCGAGUGUAAUUUUAAUUACUCUAAUCGCAACUUUGAUGCCGGUUAUUGGUGCUAAACUUGUGUGUAGGUAUUUGCUACUUUUUUUUUUAGAAUGGCCAGCUUAUGGUGUAGUUUGAGUUGCUAUCUUGCCACGCAAUAGCUUACGAAUAGCCUGAUUUUUUUGAAUGCCUUAUCCAAGGUAGGGCCAAUUUGGAGGGGGGCAACUUCAUUGGCUAGGGCCCAGUGCUGCUGCAUACGAUUACGCGGCUGUGCCCUACAGCUCUGAUGCGUUUGUCGGGUUAUACCGCAUGCUGUUCGGCAUGUCUGACUUUUUGUUCCGCGAGUUGGGAACAACUUCCAAUUUGGGAGUAAAACAUCAGACGUGCCGAACGGUGCUUGGCACAACCAGAAAACACGGCAAGCUGUGUAGGCCCAAUGCUCUUUUUAUACACUGGUGGUUACUUGGCACGCAACAAUUCACCCCACCCCAGGGAUGUGAUGAAGCGUCACGAUUCGGGGUCUAGAUUCUGUUCAAGAAUCAAUUCAUUAUCUCAUUCUCAUCACCUUCAUUUGUUAUCGUUUCUCAUUUGUGUUCCGUCUAGUUUGUACAGUAUUGUCUGCUGCAUUUUCCUGAACGUCAUGACGUCGGUAUAUGAUGUGCAUACAGUGACGGAAAUUGCAAAUUAUUCUCGCACGCGCAACUAUGAAGUUACUAUCGUGAGAUCGUGAGUGUAAGAAUCGAUGUUGAGCGAUGAUUCGGUGCAUUUCGUUAUGCGUAUGGCAAUGAGAGGCCAGCCCUGUGCAUGCUGGAUCAUGAAAACAGGCUGAACACACCUACUCCUUUCACCCAGGAUAUUGUGACUUUUUAGCAGUGGUUGGGUUGGUUCCUGGAGAAGCCACGGGUCCGUAUUUACAUCCAGGGCCCAAGCCAUGCAUUUAUACAUUUUGCUCAAUGGGGAAUAGCUGUGCAGAACCUAUUUGUACAGCCCUUUUGUCACCACUGCUGGAUGAGGGCCUCUCCAAGCUGCGUGGGUUGUGGCAAUUUUGACCGUGCUUUGGUCCGUGUGGGUUGCUAAAGUGGUGGGAGCUGUAAAUAUUUUGCUGUGUUGCCCACAACGUAGCCCUGUAGCCGCCGACAGCACAUGUUUUAUGCACGGUGGUCCUCCAAACGCUACCCUCUAGGUUGCUUGGCCUCCGAGAUCUGACGAGAUCGGGCGCAUUCUGCAACAGCAUACAGCAAUUUUACUUAGCAGGGGCACUCUUAGACAAUGUUUUAGAUGUAUUUUUAAAACAAUGUCAGAAUUAUCCUGAUGGUAUCUGUGGAAUCUUGAUCUCUGUAUUCUAAUAAAGAAAUGGAUUUACAGUGUAUACCAAUAUCAACGCAAGAGUGCAUCAUGUAUGUUUAAAGCCGUUUCACUUAAUUCUGUUCUUUAAAAGAGCAGGUUUUAAACUUUCAGCAUUGGCAAUUUUCUACGCUGGAUGAAGGCCGUCCUACACUGGCAACCAUAUCUCUCGGUCCUGCAGUGUUGUAAGGGCAGCUUACAGCGGCGCUUGAACUAAUCUCAUUUGCUCCAUCUCCACAGUGGUUGUUCAUUUUGAGGCGAUCUCUCCUUUGACCGCCACUAUCCGCUGUGUUUAUUGGCAAUCGUCCCUUCUCAUGACGUGUCCUGCCAAGCCCACUUCUUAAAAGUCAUUGUGUGUUCCCAGGCCAAUGUUGCUCCUAUUGGUUUCCCAGUAAUCUCAAGCAGUGUGUCAAUGCUUUGCAUGCUUCUCUGAUGCCUGCACUUUCUUUGCAGUCUUAUAUUUUCGAUCCGCAAGUUGAUGGCAGUAAUGUCUCCAAGCAAGUAUUUUUUUAAUUCCUUUACGCUAUCAACUUCAUUGUUCCAAAGAACACGUCAUCCCGAUGUUAUUUGCCUUUUUGGUUUAAUCUGUAUUGAGUCUUGAUCCACUGUCGGUUGAAAGAUUCUGCUUUGUCUGCAUUAAGUUAUUUCAACGCCAAGCAAAAUUGUACGCGAUUUUUGCUUUGCUCGUGUAUUUAUUGGGUCCAACAUUACAACCUUUAAAAUAUGUUAAAUCAUUGUAAAUGCAUUUCCAUUGGGUAAAUCUUGUUUGUAAAUAUGGAACGAGUUGAUGCCUAUUUUUUUUGGUCAUGCCUUCACGUUUCCAAUAUGUCUGGGAAUAUUUGAUUUUACUUUGCGGAGGAAACAACCCAGCAUUGGUGAGAGCACAUCUUUCCCCACACCCCCCCCCCCCCCACUAAUUUGUACCGUGCUGCACUCUCGCAGAUCCCAGUGUGGCGGUUUAUUGUAAAUGUUUUUUGACGAUUUCUGUAUUUUACCAAAAAUUAAAAUCCAGCUUUUCAAAAACACAA